UGUGCCUCUUCAUUGCAUUACAAAGUCUAUGGAAAGUGCAGCGUUAGGAGAAUUGCAUUAGAGCCGCACUCUCUUCUCUGUGGGAAUGUCGAUGGUUGGUGGUUGUUAACCCUGAGGGACGGGGCAGUUGCUUUUCUUCCUGAUGAAGACAGAAGGUGAUGAGCGGAGGGGAGACUUUCUCUCAAAGAUCAAGACCUUUAACAUGACCCAGGGACCCCCAUCUCACCGGGGCAAAUCCUGGAAAUGCCUGCAGGCCUUCUGGAUCUCCUUCCCCCAUGUGUGCCUGGUUUGCUCCCUGGUGCUCUACAGCAUCAUUGGGGCUGUUAUGUUUUGCUUCAUUGAGGGCUCCAGAGAACAAGAGAUUCCGCAGUUUGAGGAGUUUCUUGAGAAGCUUUGGAUGAUCGCACAAAACAGCUCUGCUGAAAAUGUGACCGCAUUAGAAAAUGGAUCGGCCCCUGUGAUAUUUAAAGAACUGGCAAGAGAGGCCAUCAUAACGGAUGUCCAAGGGGAAUGGCUGCAGAAACCUGAGGAGCAGUGGAGCUUCAUGAGCUCUUUGUUCUUCUGCUGUACUGUAUUUACCACUGUGGGGUACGGCCAUAUAUGUCCAGUCACCAUGUAUGGGAAGCUUGCCUGCAUGGUGUAUGCUACAGUAGGUAUACCCCUUAUGCUCUUACUGCUGGCUGAUCUGGGGGAUAUAUUGGCCAGACUCUUAUCAGGGAUAUACAAACAUGCUGUCUUGUCCUGUAACAAUUUAUGCCACAAGCCAAAGCCAAUCAAAUUGUCCUCACUUCAGAAAGAGCAUUCUGGGAAGUCAAGUUUGCUAAAAACUAUGGACAGCAGAGUAUCAAUGAAGGAACCAUUAAAUAUUACUGAGGUGAUAAAGACCCAAGCCUCAGUGAAGAGAAAGUACCUACAGAUGCGUAACAUAGACAUUUUUGAGCUGAUCAUUGUGAAGGAGAAUCAGACUGUACUGCCCCUAAAAAGUGGCCUUCAACAAAAGUCCGUCUCCUGCCCAGAUCUGGAUUUAUGUCCCCCCAGUGACUUCGCCAUGCAAAACUUUGACAAGAUUGGAGAAGGACUUGACCAGCUGGAUGUCCCAAUUAUAUUAAUUGUCUUAGUGAUGGUGGCUUAUAUCAUGUGUGGGGCCUUCAUUCUUCCCUUGUGGGAAGUUGAAUGGACAACCAUAGAUGCAUUUUACUUCUGUUUCGUUACUCUCACUACCAUUGGCUUUGGGGAUAUUAUGCCCAAACACCCAAAUUAUUUCUUGCUACUUUCUGCAUAUACCGUGGUGGGCAUGGUGAUUGUGUGCAUGGCAUUUAAACUAGGACAGAAUCGUUUGGUGAGCUUCUACAAGCAAUGCAUCUUGUGCAUCAGUGGGGGGAACAUAAAAAAGUACUCCAGGAACAAUGAAGACUCCAGAGCAUGAAAUGUCAUAAACAUUAUUCGUCUCUACGGUGGGGUCAGAAAGAGAGUCCAUGUCCGCAUGCAUUGCAUAUAACUCAAGCCCCGGAACAGGGAUAGACAUACUUUUUCUCUUUGUGAUAGACUUGCACGGGGACAAGCAUGGUCACCACAUCAGUGGGUCUGAGCAAAAUUUGCCAAGGGAUGUGCUAAAUGAAGCACUUUUGAUCCAUAUCCCACGGGGUCCCAAACAGGGUGAAUGCGUGGCCAAUGGCUGCUCCUCCAUUGUCUGGCUAAGGGCCAACCACAUGUCAAUCAAUGGGGAGAAUUGGAGAACAAAAUCAUCUUUUUGGGGUCAUAUAUCAUCUUUUUACACAAAGGGAAAAAUCAUCCACUCAUACUUCCAUUUGUGAAAAGAUUCUGAUAAUACGUUGGGAUAGGAUCAUUAUUAUUAUAAUUUUUCUUCAUUUAGCAUGGAUGUAUUAUUUGGCACAUACUCUGAAAAUAUAGCGUGUGUCAUUUUGGCACAAUAAACCACAAGGGAGAUUAAUUUGCAUUGCAUUGUAUUUGUAAUCAGACAGACAUUGGCAGCCAAGUUGGGCAAUCUUGUUAAAUUGGCAGUC